GCGUCAGGCGGAAGUGGCGUCAGUGCGCGGCCGGCUGCUCGGAGUCGGGUGAUGUGUGCGGUGUGAGGGGAGGAUGCCCGUGGCGGUGAUGGCCGAGAAGGCCUUCAGCUUCAGGAAGCUCCUGGACCAGUGCGAGACCCAGGAGCUGGAGGCUCCUGGAGGAAUUGCAACACCCCUUGUUUAUGGCCAACUUCUAGCUUUAUACCUGCUGUAUAAUGACAUGAAUAACGCCCGAUAUCUUUGGAAAAGAAUCCCACCUGCUAUCAAAUCUGCAAAUGCUGAACUUGGUGCAAUUUGGUCAGUGGGACAAAGAAUCUGGCAGAGAGACUUCCCAGGAAUCUACACAACAAUCAGUGCACACCAGUGGUCUGAGACUAUUCACCCAAUCAUGGAAGCACUUAGAGAUGCAACUAGGAGACGAGCCUUUGGACUGGUGUCUCAGGCAUAUACCUCAAUAGUUGCUGAUGAUUUUGCAGCCUUUGUUGGGCUUCCUGUAGAAGAAGCUGUGAAAGAUAUAUUAGAACAGGGCUGGCAAGCAGACUUUUCAACUCGUAUGGUAAUGCCGAAGAAGCCAGGUGCACUGGAAGCUUCCUUGAACAGAUUUAUUCCUUCAUCAGAACGUGCUCCAGUUCCACCAAUUCCAAAUGAACAGCAGUUGGCCAGAUUGACUGACUAUGUGGCUUUCCUUGAAAAUUGAUGACCCUGCUCCUGUAUGCAGAACAACUUGGGAAUCCUGUGUACUGACAGUUUUAGAAAUCUAUGAUUUUAUUUUAUUUCAUUUCAUAUCUGUUAAAUGUUGCAGUGUCCACUACUCAAAUGUGUGAAGUAUACCAUGUGUGUUAGCCCAAUUACUGUUUUGCCCAAAGCCAAGAGCAACUGAAACAAUCCUUUAACUCCUGUAUUUAUUUAGUAGCUACACUGCAGUAUUACACAGUGAGAUUUUAUUGACUCAGCAGAAAGAGGCAGAGAUUUUUUUGAGGUAUAUGAGAAAUGGAGAAGAAAAUGAGUAAUGAAUCAGGUUAAGUGUGUUGAGGAAUUUUUACUAGCAGGUUAUGUGGCUCUGUGGUGAGUAUUGCAGUGCUUCUUACAGAUUAAUUGCAUGUUGAAUUAAAGUAUAAAGAGUGAAAGACUGCCCUACCCUUAUCUGCAGAGAGAAAAUCUUUUGAUGAGUAACUUAAAUAAGAAAACAAUUUACCAUAACUCUCUUGCAAGUAUAUUAGUUGCUUGUUUAUAAAUGAUCUUUGUUCUAGUUGGUCUUUCUGUAUUGUUAAACCUUCUUGUUUUGAUGUGACAAACUUCACAUCAGACAAUUUUUUACAGCAGAAUAAUUAGUCAUUUAACAAGGCAAAUCUUCACUUUGAGGAAGAAUUUUUAAUUUUGGAAGGUUUUAUUUGAGUGACAUAGGACACCAGUGAUUUUGCUGGUAACCAUACACCUUAUUGAUGCCUGUAGAGACCACUUGGGAUGGGGCUGUUGUUUUAUGCUGCAAUGUCAGUUUGAGGAAUGCAUUUACUAUAUCAGAGCACUAUGUUAAUCUUGGAGUUGAGAGUGGUUUUUAGAA